AUGCUUGGUGGGGCACAGCUCGCUGCUGUUGACGUACCUUAUGGUUGGCCGGCCGCGGCGAAUCUUUGGUCCCCUGAAGGCCAGGUACCUUGUAACUGCAGCAAAGGCCAGCGCAUCUCGAUCUUGGAGCUUCGCAUUGCCGUCACGACAUUGCGCGAGAGCUGCAAACACCCAUCACAUAAGCGCUGUCGCCUCGAGUCAACCAAUAUGUCGGCGCUCUUCAACUUUCAGUCCCUCCUCCUCGUCAUCCUGCUGCUCAUUUGCACGAGCACCUACGUCCACCACUUUACACCGGGCAUUCUCGACAGAAACAAGAAUGGUGUCACGGGCGUCUUUUGGAAAUGUGCGAGGAUAGGCGAGAGACUUAGUCCAUACAUAAGCAUAUGCUGUGUCGUCAUGGCUGUGUCUCUCUUCUUCGGUUAA